UAUGGACUUAUAAUUUGAGGAGGGAGAGAUCUUUGCCUAAAAAAACGAUAAAUUAGAAGGCAUAGAUAGCGAAUCCUCAUUGCGUUCACUUGUAUGAAUUUCUUAACAACUUAGAGUGACACUAAUAGAGAUGAGAGAGUGCACAAGACUAUAAAGGAUGAGUUAAGCUCAUUUUCUUAUGUUUGUCCCAUCUUCAAUUUCAUAGGUCGUUGUACUUAAGUUGAAUGCAAGUAAUAAUACAUAUAUUGUGAAAGAAAGAGGCAUAUCUUUUUAUAAGAUGGAUUCGAUUAAUUAAUAACCGAGUAUCAACCAUUAUUGGAUAUCUUAGCAAGAAGUGGUGAAAAAGUUAGAGUUCCUUAUGAGAAAGUUCUCAAUUAAGAAAGUCACACUACAAGGCAUUAAAUUAUUAAACCUAAAGUGAUAACUAAUUAUACUCUUGGAUUUUGUGAAAAAAACAAAAGUACAUUAAUUCGUAAGUUGAGAAAAGACAUAGAUAAGAUGCAAAACAAACUUAAGAUUAUAAACUAUUUGAAGAAAUGGGCUAUGCAUAAGUUAGUAGAUGAGAAUGAAUUUGCAGAAUUAUACUGCUCACUCAACCCUACUCAGCAAAUACAUUUUAUGAAUAUUUUUAGAGUUCUUGAGUUAUAACCACCCUCAUUUCAAUGA